AUGUCGAAGCAAGAUCCCGCUGAGCAGGUUCGCUUCCUUGUGUCCUGCAUUGGCCAUACCACCAAUGGUCGACCUGAUUUUACUCUUGUUGCCCAAGAGCUCGGAAUUGUUUCCAAGGCUGCUGCCCAGAAGAGAUAUGAGCGAAUGCUCAAAGCCAAUGGGGUGAACGCUUCCAAGCCGGCUGCUAAAUCCGGCGCUGAUGAUGAAAAUACCCCCGUUUCCACCCCGGUGAAGCGCAAGCCUGCUGGAGGUGAUGGCGGCAGCGCCAAGAAGAAGGCCAAGGCUACCAAGAAGGAAGAAAGCGACGAUGACAUCAAGGACACGAAGCUGGCUCCCAAGACUCGCGCUUCCAGGGCUGACAAGGCUGUCAAGAAGGAGCCCAAGAAGGAGCCAAAGGAAGAGUACGACUCUUCCCUCUCUGGUACGUUGCUCCUAUGA